GGGUGAUAGAAACUGAAUGCAGUAGGCCUACUAGUCCGAGGUGCCCAAGAAGACAGGACCGAAGCUUGAUGAUGACUUUAAACGUAUCCGAGGAAACCUCUCACCGCCGUUGGGCGCAUCUGUGUUCUUAUCAUUCGUUCCAAGCAUAUAUUCUCAAAGUGAACUAUGGAUAAAUCCCCCCAUAACAUACUCACCACUCACAACCAAAAGACCAAGUAUGGAAUAUGUGGUAUCCUUACCGCCAUCUUGUGCUUUCCUUGUGGACUUAUGUUUAUUGUAAGCUCGGAUCGUAAAAAAAGAUGUGCUCGUUGCAACAUCGCACUGCCCUAGAUUGGCACUAGUCGACCAGCUCACUGUGAUUUGUACAUUUACUUCUGCUGGUUAUGCGGACUGCCGUAGGAGCACAGACGAUGGAAGCAUGCCGAUUUGCGAAAUUUACGAUUUCGUAUAGAUACUUCCAGUGUACAUACUCGGAAUUACUUUCCAUCUUCAAUCUCUUCAGCUUUGUGCUUAACUAGUAUCUAUUAGGAUUAGCUCACCAAGUAGGUAGUAUAUACA